CACUGAUGGUCAAGGCCUGCGCUCCCGUGUUUCAGAGAGAGACGGAAGAGCGCUCGACUGCUGAAUUUAAAGCCGGGUGCCAAGAGUGAAGCAGCAUGGAUGCCGUCAGCCAGGUCCCCAUGGAGGCUGUGCUCCCCAAGCACAUCCUGGAUAUCUGGGUCAUUGUCCUCAUCAUCCUGGCCACCAUUGUCAUCAUGACCUCUUUGUUACUGUGCCCGGCCACUGCGGUCAUUAUCUAUCGCAUGCGGACUCAUCCUGUCCUCAAUGGGGCUGUGUGAGAACCUCCCAAGAGGGGCAGUGAGGGAUGGGGAUGGUGUCCCCUCCCCCAGCCUCUUUCCUUCUCAGAAAAGCGACGGGACGGGCUUUGCUGUGUGGACUCAGGAGCUUGAUAUGAGAGAGGAGAUCCGAGUUCUUGUUUGGAUUUUGCCACUGGCCAGCUGUGUGAGUU